AUGAUCAACUAUGGCGAGGUUGGGGCUGGCGACUCUGGCAAACGACUGGGGGCUAUGCAUAGACUGUGGAACAUCUGUGAUGGCAGUGGGCAAUGUGAUACAACCCCAUACCCGAUCCGCUCUUUGAUGGUGUUUUCCAAGCAAAAGUACGAUCAGAACGCACAGUUGAUUCUCCAUGCCCAAGCUACAUAUCCGGAUGGGGCGUAUGGCGGCGCCUUCGUGGAGGCGCUCCAAGUCGCGGCGGCCAAGAACGAGAAGUGUACCACCGAAACUGUUAGCAUCCCUAUACCCAAGAAUCAGGGGGGCGGCUACGACGUCUACGACUUCAAUCAAUGCACCGGCGCAAGCUUUCACGGGAUCACGUCGUACAUUACAAUCAACGGUGACCCCGUGCUACAGGGCUUCAUGAAUGCCCGCGUUGACCAAGUCACCAAUUACCUCUCGUUCACGCAGCUAUGUGCUGUCAUCACUGGCACAGCAGGAUCUAUCGCCGGUGCUUUGAGUGCAGGGACCGGUGCUCUCCUGGGAGGCAUCAGUGCCCUUUGCGGUGCCUCUUAA